UUCUACAGUCUGUAGCCAGUGAAGUCAAGUUGAAACAAAGGAAUAAAGAUUCUGAAGAUGGAAACUCCUAAAGGGUUUGGUGCUCAUCUAUGGAACUUCCUCUUCUUCUUCCCCAUUUUUGUGCUUUUGAUGACUCUUGGAAUCAUUAAAGCGGCUCUUGUUGGCCCAGUUGUGUUCCUCUUGGUCUCGUUUGGAAAUUCCGCAGUUGUUAUUGGGUUAUGGCCACUACAUGUCAUUUGGACUUACUACUGUAUAGCAAGAACGAGGAAAUUUGGUAUAUUUAUGAAAAGCUUAUUGUUUCUAAUCUUAAUCUUCCCAUUAAGUUUAUGGCUACUCAUCGGUAUACUAGGAAGCAUGCUUACAGGUUUGGGGUAUGGCUUCUUUUGGCCUUUGAUGGCAACAUUUGAGGCUAUAUCUGAAGGUGUUGAAAACAAGUUUGUAAGAUGCUGCAAGGAUGGUAUUUGGGACACCAUUUUGGGAGGAUGCACCAUAGUACGUGAUUUCACAGAUGUUUCCUUUCAUUCCUACUUCUCAGUGAUGGAUAGCUUGCUUGAGUCCAGACGUGAGAUGCCGAUAGAGAUCAAGGUCACUCUAAUACCAACAUGCACAUUGGCUGGAAUUUUAGGGGUACUUAUUGAUGUUCCUAUUAUUAGCAUUAUUGUGAUUUAUAAAGCUCCAAUGAUGUUAUUAAGAGGAUGGCAGAGAUUGGUCCAAGAUCUUAUUGGAAGUGAGGGUCCCUUCUUGGAAACAGUUUGUGUUCCCUUUGUUGGUCUUUCAAUUCUGUUAUGGCCAGUUGCAGUUUGCUUAUCUACUCUAGCUGGAAUUAUUUCCAGCUUCUUUCUUGGCUGUUAUGCUGCUGCUGUUGCAUAUCAGGAAAGUUCCACCAAGCGAGGAAUACUCUAUGCUCUUGCUAUAGUGUCCAUUUUUGAUGAGUACACCAAUGAUCUCCUCCACCUGAGUGAAGGGUCCUGCUUUCCAAGACCUGAAUAUCGCAAGACAGUUGGUUCUAGUCAGUUACUGUAUCCUAUAGAGCGAAUACCAGAAAAGCCUGCGGCUGUUCAAACCAAGAAACAUCCAGUAGAGGCACCCUCCAAGAAAUUGAAGGCAUUGAAGGCUGUGGCGAUAUGGGAUAACUUCUUCCAAGCAUGCGAGUGCACUGGAAAAGAGCUUCUAAGAGAUGGAGCAAUUGGGUUACAGGACCUAGAGGCAUGGCAACAUUCAAAAAACCAGAUUGUUAUCUGUGGAAUUCCUGCAUAUGUAUUUCUGCUGUGCUUUCUCCGCUCUAUUAAGAGCGGCUCCGAGGGCUUUCUCAUGCGUAAUAAUGUUGAAUUAACAAGUGUGAAUAGGCCCGAGGGAAGAGUUUUUGACUGGAUGUUUGAGCCAAUGUCAAUCAUGAAACAGCAGAUAAAGAGUUUAAACUUACUAGAGCCUGAAGAGUUGUAUCUGUAUAAAUUGACUCUCUAUUCUGGUAAUAUGAAGCGGAUGGAAGCUUGGAAAAAUGGUGGAGUUCCUCCAAAUGAUGAGAGCAGAAGGGCUCAAUUGCAAGCUAUAAGUAAACGGUAUUCUCUCUCUCUCUCUCUCUCUCACACACACACACAUUUUCAGGUUGUUAGGGGAAUGAGUUUUAUGUGCUUGAAUUUCUGUUUCAGAUUGCAUGGCUUUUGUCUUUUUAUCUCGAGGCUGCCAACCUUCUGGCGUCGGUACCAUGAUGUGGUUAAAGCGUUAGUACAAGAAGCAAACCAGAAGUCGAAGUUGGCUCAGGAUUCGCCAAGGAGUAUUGAGGAUAUAGAAGCAGUUCUAUAGUAUCCCUUUUCUG